AGGUGACAGCUCUCAACCUCCAGUCAUCGAAUCAGCGUCGAAUUUUGCUAUCCAACAUGGGUUGAAUAGUUCCUCGGAGCAUAUCGGUACCUAUGACCACUCAAGAGAUGCUGUAUAUAAGAAGGAGUACAAGUUUGCAUCCUUACUCGGACCCAAUAUGGUCAGUAUAAAAAAUGCUCGAUGCUCUGCUAUGGUCGCCCCGUCUUUGCUCUAAAACUGAAGUCGUUCACUCAAAAAUGAAACUUCACAACCUCAAAAUCGUCCUCACUUUCAUUUCUACGCUCAUUAACCUCGUACCAACAUCUAUGUCGGAGAAUCUCGAAGAUCUGGAUGCUAGCGCGCUUGUUAUCCGUCAGUCAUCUCCAACCCCAGUAAACAAAAUUGGAGAUUGGUCAUUAGUCGGUUGUUUUACUGAUAUAUCGACCGCUCGAACACUUUCUGCGGCCUCGCUUCCGGCCAGUGAUAACCUGACACUCGAGACUUGUGUCGCGUUCUGUAAUUCUGUCGACUAUAUUUUCGCCGGAGUCGAGUUCGCUCAAGAAUGUUACUGCGAUUCCACGAUCCAGAUACCCAGCGUACCCUCUAACCUGACAGCCUGUGACUUUUCCUGCUCUGGGAAUUCGUCUGAGUUAUGCGGAGGAUCAGAUAAUAUUCUCAUCUACACGAAUGGUCAACCGGCACCUGUGAUCGUCCAGGACGUAGGGCAAUGGUCUUACGAGGGGUGCUUUACGGAUAGCGUUGCGAUGCGUGAUUUGGAUGUCGGACUCGACGUUCCAGCCGGAGUUACAGCCGCAUCUUGCACCGCUGCGUGUCAAACAGAGAAUUUCGUCUUUGCGGGCCUCGAAAAUGGCCAGGAAUGUUGGUGCGGCAGUACGCUGGGUAACACUAGUAUCCACGUCGGUGACGACGACUGUCGUGCCGUCUGCACCUCUGAUCAUUCAGAGUACUGCGGGGCCGCCAAUAGACUUGCAGUUUACCAGUUCACUGCGUCGGGAACACCACCACCACCAACAACAUGCGCAUCGGAGAAUAUCUCCAACUUCACCUUACUCGCCAACUUCAAGAACCCUCCAGAGGAUGGAUCGUCCGGCGAGGUGCCAUUGAAGAUCGUGUUGGUGGAGAUGGUUCCGAGUGUGACGUGGGCGAUUCUUUCGGCUUGUGAACUUUGUUGCUCGGAUUGGCCUACAUACUCGCUCCAAAAUUCCAUCUUUUUGCCUCACUCACUAUCGAACCCUGGGCAGUUGAUGGUAUCGAGUGCCCCAGGACCUGGAGAGUCACCAAAUUUUGUUGCUUCUGAUCCUGCGUUCCCUGGAUUCCAAUCCUACUGUGCAACGGACUCCACCUCAAACAACAGUCUACCCCUUCUUGCAUUUGGAGACAUAUCGGACGCUUUCGCACUUUGCACGAAUACGUCUGUGAAUGCUAAUGGGCGAUUGGACGUGGUCUUUGAGCCUGUGUCAAAUCAUCUGCAUUAUGUUUUGGAUGACUGCAUUCCAAUUACUAUUGAAAUAAUAGGGAGCGACUGAUACUUGAACUUGUAGUAUGACUGAUGAUACCCAUGUGUAUGUAAUAGCCUGCUGUGCCUUCCUAUGCUAUCCUAUGCUAUCCUAGAUUUUUUGUUCCCGCUGCCAUUUCUUCGGUUUCCAUUCAUAUAUAAGCAAAAGUUAUGCCUUGUUCUAAAAACCGGACAAUGGACGUGGGCUCUUCAUGGACAGCCAAGAUUCAUAUGGAUUGCGAGGGCCGCAGAUUUGAAUAAUGAAGCCAUGUCCA